AUUCACUAAAAUUGUAUCUUGGAUAGCGGCGGUGUCCAGACACUGCUUGUUGGACCGCAAAGAUUGUGGGGCCCGCUUCGCUAUUGUCCUUGGAAAUGAAUGAACGAAUUGCUUUGGAUAUUGAAAUUGUGAAGUUUUUUUAUCUCAGCUUUAAGGAGUUCCAUUAGGAGAGUUUCAAGGGCUGCGUGAAAUGCUCUUCUGGAUUUGUCUCCGUUGGAAGGCUGUGGUUAUUGGAGUUCUCUGCUCUACAGAAGCUUAUGUGAAUCAGACAUCUUAAAUUUCCUGGAGGAGGUAGGAAAUGAAUUGGGCAUACCUAUAAUAUAUCAGUAGGAUUUAUGGGCAUUAAGAACAGAGAAACAAUAAAAAAAUGAUUUUGGCUCUGGUGAACUUGCAAGAUUAUCCUUACACAUCGCAUUUGUAAUUGAGUGGAACCUCCUUUUGAGUCAAAGUAGCUUAUGGUCAGAAGGUAACACUCCAACAAAUCAGCAGAAGCUGCAUUAAGAAUAUAGAUACUGACAGAUGCUGUGCAAUCGGUACUUUUGUCCCUUGAACGUUAAGAGCUCCUUCAGACCCAAACCCCGUCUCAUCAUCAGAUCAAUAUUGGGUAUCUCUCACUCUCACACAAUGGAAUUGGACGAAAACAACAAAUACAAGAGCUCUCUGGAUUUCCUCACUCAAAAACCCUACACUCCUCCUUCCUGGGCUUCCCAUCUCAAUCCCAUUCCUCCUCACCGCUUCUCUCUUGGUCAUCUUCCUACUCCUAUUCAUCCAUGGAAGCUUCCUAAUUUGCCCAAUGGCACUGAGCUUUGGUUGAAGCGCGAUGAUCUAUCGGGCAUGCAAUUGAGUGGUAACAAAGUCAGAAAGUUGGAAUUUUUGAUGGCCGAUGCAGUGGCUAAUGGCGCUGACUGUAUCAUUACCAUUGGAGGCAUUCAAAGCAACCACUGCCGUGCCACUGCUGUUGCUGCCAAGUACCUUAAUCUUGACUGUUAUCUUAUACUUCGCACUUCCAAGGUUCUUGUGGAUCAAGAUCCUGGAUUGACGGGCAAUCUCUUGGUUGAACGUCUGAUUGGAGCUCAUGUUCAACUUAUUUCAAAAGAAGAAUAUGCACAAAUUGGGAGUGUGACUCUCACUAAUAUCUUAAAAGAAAAGUUGCUGAAGGAAGGGAGAAAACCAUAUGUUAUUCCCGUUGGUGGAUCAAACCCCAUAGGAACUUGGGGUUAUAUUGAAGCAAUAAGGGAAAUUGAGCAACAAGUUCAGGCUAGUUCUGGCAGAUUAAAAUUUGAUGAUAUUGUUGUAGCAUGUGGCAGUGGAGGAACGAUUGCUGGUCUGUCACUAGGAUCAUGUUUCGGUGCUUUGAAGGCAAAAGUUCAUGCGUUCUCUGUCUGUGAUGACCCUGAUUACUUUUAUGACUUUGUUCAAGCCCUUAUUGAGGGACUCAAAGCAGGCGUUAACUCACGUGACAUUGUACACAUUCAAAAUGCCAAAGGUCUGGGCUAUGCAAUGAAUGCCUCUGAUGAGCUUCAGUUUGUCCAGGAAGUUGCUACAGCUACUGGUGUUGUUCUAGAUCCUGUUUACAGUGGGAAAGCAGCUUAUGGAAUGAUGAAAGACAUGAAAGAGAAUCCAAAGAAGUGGGAGGGAAGAAAGAUCCUAUUCAUACACACCGGUGGGCUUCUUGGAUUGUAUGACAAGGUAGACCAGAUGGCUUCAUUGGUGAAAAACUGGUCUCGAAUGGAUGUUGAUGAGUCAGUUCCAAGGAACGAUGGAAUUGGAAAAAUGUUCUAGAGAAAGAAAGCCAGCUUUGUAUAUAAUACUAUCUUGUCUCUUAUUGGUGCAUUAAAACUAUGUGCUUAUUUUUAUCUAUUCUCUGGUUCAUCAUAAGAUUGUAUCUAUAUAAAUAUAGUAUAAUAAAGCUGGUUUUCAAAAUAAUUUCACGUAAA